UCAUGUGGCCGUAAAGUGAGCGUCCUGCCGCGCUUGAGGCAAAACAACUCUGCUCCUCUUUACGGCACGAUGGCGGUCUCCAGGGCGACGGCCCUGGUAACACGCUACCUCCGGGCCGGCUGCACUCCGUGCGGGCGCCGGUUACUGCUGCCGCCGCGGGAACUGGGCCGCGGCGCCGCGUCCGAAAGACCCGCGGUGGCUGGGGGUCAGCCGCCGCCGCCGCCGCUGCUGCGGCGAAGCGUCUCCGAGGCAGCUCGUGGGCCGCUGCAGCACCGGCCUCCCGCCGCCGGGGGUCGCUGGCUACAGGCCUCCGAGCUGCAGUUCCCCAGCGAGGCCACGCGGUGGCGUUUUGAACCCGAGCCCAGGUUGCAGUUAGAGUCUGUGGCCACGGGGAGGCGAUCCCAGCAAGGCGAGAAUCAGAGAGAAUGGGCACUGGGCAACCUCCCUACCCUGGCAGUAGCCCUGGUUUAUUGCUACAGCAGGUCAUCGGACUCAGAUGGUCACCAGCUGCUUGAAGCUGCCCGUUUGAACAAUGCGCCCGAGGUCAGCAGGUUGCUGUCCUCUGGUGUCCCCGUCUCACAUCGGCACAAACUGGGUUGGACCCCACUGAUGGUUGCAGCAAUGAACAAGAAUCACAGUGUGGUGAAGAUUCUCUUAGCUGCUGGUGCAGAUCCAAAUCUUGGAGAUGGGUUCUGUAACGUGUAUGAGACAUCAAGGGAGAAACGCAUCCACUCUCUAGAGGUGCUGGUGACCAGAGAAGAUGAGUUCAGUAACCGGUUGAACACACGUGCCAGUUUCCGUGGCUGCACUGCACUACACUAUGCUGUCCUGGCUGACGACUACCAGACAGUCCAGUUGCUGCUUGAGGCUGGUGCUAAUCCUUUACUGCAGAAUGAAAUGGGACACACACCAGUGGACUAUGCCAGAGAAGGAAAAAUUAAAACAUUACUAAAGGAAGCUGAGGUGAAGUACCAGGAACAGCAGAGGAAGCGAGAGGCUGAGGAACGUAGACGUUUUCCUUUGGAACAGAGACUGAAGGAACAUAUCAUUGGCCAGGAGACUGCCAUCGCUACUGUUGCAGCGGCCAUCCGAAGAAAGGAGAAUGGUUGGGCAGAUGAAGAGCACCCACUAGUCUUCCUCUUCCUUGGGUCGUCUGGAAUUGGUAAGACUGAGCUGGCUAAACAGAUUGCAAAGUACAUGCACAAUGAUGUCAAGAAGAAAUUCAUCAGGCUCGACAUGUCAGAAUUCCAGGAAAAGCAUGAAGUUGCGAAGUUUAUCGGUUCGCCCCCUGGUUAUGUUGGACAUGAGGAAGGUGGUCAGCUCACCAAGAAGCUGAAACAGAGUCCAAACGGGGUGGUUUUGUUUGACGAAGUGGACAAAGCUCAUCCCGAUGUGCUGACCGUAAUGCUGCAACUCUUCGAUGAGGGCAGACUAACAGAUGGCAAAGGAAAAACCAUCGAGUGUAAGGAUGCGAUCUUCAUCAUGACCUCCAAUGUAGCCAGUGAGGAAAUAGCAGAGCACGCGCUACAGCUGAGACAGGAAGCCCAGGAGCUGGGCAAGAAACGCCUAGCAGAGAAUCUAGAUGAUGUGCUUCUGAGUGAGAAAGUGACCAUCUCCAAGCAAUUUAAAGAAAAUGUGAUCAGACCCAUUCUGAAGGCCCAUUUCCGGAGGGAUGAGUUUCUGGGCAGAAUCAAUGAGAUUGUUUACUUCCUUCCCUUUUGUCACUCUGAACUGAUUCAGCUGGUCAACAAGGAGUUAAUGUUUUGGGCCAAGAAGGCCAAGCAACGACACAACAUCAACCUGCAGUGGGACCGGGAGGUGAUGGAUGUAUUGGCGGAAGGAUACAAUUUGCACUAUGGAGCAAGAUCCAUCAAGCACGAGGUGGAGAGACGUGUUGUGAACCAGCUUGCAGCCGCCUAUGAGCAGGAACUUCUACCAAGCGGGUGCACACUCCGCAUCGCAGUGGAAGGUUCGAGUGUGGGUACAGGGAGGGAGCAAGACCCAGAGCACAGAGAGCCGGACUCUAAGGGAGCGAAGAUUAGGCUUGAGAUCGUGGAGAAGGACAAGUCCCGCAAGCUCGACAUCAGGGUCCCGCUGAAAGGAGACGAAGUGGCCCACAGGUUUUAACACUCGCUGAACCGGAGCUAGGAAACCUCGGCCAAGACUGACUCACACCAAAUGGAAAUGGGGACAUUCACGUGCCUCCUCUUCCGCUUCCCUUCCUCUGGUCUCUCCAUCAGCACCCGUUGUUCUGUGGUUUGGGAUCUACAGGUGUAUUUCAGGUAUACCCCGCCCUAUUAUCUGCCCACCACACAACAAGAAGUGCAUCCUCCACAGGAACUAGCCCAAAGGAACUGAAAGGUCUCCUUCUCUUCCUGUGUUGCAUGUAUGAGGGGCUGAAUGGCCUCCAGUUCCAGGAAUCAUCAGACAGCGUUCAUGAUAGAGGUUUUUUUUCCAUUUUUGUGUAUUUUGUGAGUGACCCGGGGUUAUUGGAGCUUAUUGUAAUUCAGCAUGGACAACAGGAAUUGAACUGGGAAAACUGUACAGUGUGAGUUAUAAUAUCUCACCAAGAGAGAGAUAACUGAACCAUACUGUCUGUAUAUAGCUGGAUGGUGGCAAGCAGAUGCCUCAUUUUUUUUCCUGAUUUGUCAAAUUAUAAUUUGCACUCCAGACACACA